AGAUUGUCUUUAACCGCACAGUUCAAUUCCAACACCCACACGUAAUGCACAGCGUUUGUAUUGCUGUAGCUCUGUUCACAGUAGAUGAUCUGUCUGAUGCCAUAUCCCUAUAAUAUCCAUGAUAAUUAGUAAAUGAUUGUCAUCAUUUUAUCAAUAAACGACGUACUUAAUAUUCGACAGUAAAAAAAAUAAUAAUCGUGUAAUUAUCAUAGAAAAAUAAAUUGCAGGGUAUUAUGUGUUGCAAGUUGAAUUUGAAUCAUGCUAAUAACUGAUUGAAAGUUAUAAUUACACUACAACCUACAUACCCGCAAGUCCAAAAUAUGAAGGACAAUCCUGAUUUUAAUAUUCGUUUUAUUCGACUCGUAGAAGGUCAUCCCUGUUUGUAUGACCGUUAUCAAUCAGAUUAUUCAAACAGAGCAAAGGUUGAUGAGGCUUGGGAAAGUAUAAGCCGAGAAGUUAAAGGGACAGGUUAGAAAUAAUUUUUUUUAGUAUUUUGUAGAACUAAUUUGCGCUUUUACAAUCCAUUAUUGCUCUAAAAGAAGAAUCGAAAUUUGCAAAAUAUUUUUAAGAUGAGAAAAAUACAUUUUGAAAAAAAAAAAAAAAAUGAUUCUUUUAUUACAUUUUGAUUGCGAAAUAUUCUAUUUUAGUUAGGAAUAAAACUAGAACAUGUUUUGAAAAAAUUACAUAUUUAAAAGUUCUUUUUACUAUUACACUCGCGUUUGAUAUGAGUGGCAGUUUUAAAAAAAAAAAAUUUAUUGAGGAUAUACCAACAAAGAAUCUAAUUCUAAUAAUAAAUAAAUAGGUAUAUGUGUUUAGUGUAGGUAAUUGUGUAUGUACUAGAUUAAUAAAUAAUAUGUUUAUACAUGUAUAAAUAUUUUUAUUAGGUAAACAUUAUUUUAACUUUUUAAGAGCAUUGCAAUUUUUACCUACAUAAAACUUAACCCAAAUAUGUAUAAUAUUUAAUUAUUAAUAUUGUAGUUAUAAAUAUUGUUUAGUUAAAUCAAUUUUGUAUUAUAAACUAUUAUUAUUAUUUUUUAAUAGUAAUAGAAUGUAGAGAAAGGUGGAAGAAUCUUCGUGGGUGUUACACUAGAGGUUUAAAAAAGAAAUCAACAUCAGAAUUACGCGGGAAAUUUAAAAGAUCAUAUUACUUGUCAGCAUAUAUGAAAUUUUUAGAGCCAUUUACAAUACCUCGUACAAAAAUUGGUUUGUAAAUUAUAGUAUUUUAACGUUUUAUAUAGGCAAUGAAUACGCUAACAAAAAUAUUUGUGUGUAUAGGUAAAAGAUCAGCAUUGUCAAGCAUAAUUACAACAGCCAAAGAAACGGAACAAUCAAAACAAACAAGAAUCUUGAAUGAAAAUUAUUAUUUUGAAAGCAGUGAUGUGGUGCUAGUUGAUGAUGAAGAUGUUGAAGAGUUUCCUGUAACUUUUGAGGAAGAGUUUCCUCUAACUGUUGAGGAAGAAUUUCCUGCAACUAUUGAGGAAGAGUUUCCCGUAACUGUUGAGGAAGAGUUUCCUGUAACUGUCGAGGAAGAGUUUUCUGCAACUGUUGAGGAAGAGUUUCCUGCAACUGUGCAGGAAGAUUUUCCUGUAACUAUUAAGGAAGAGUUUCAAGAAGAUGUUGAAGUAAUGUUUCCUGUAGUUGUUAAGGAAGAGGUUCAUGAAGAUAUUGAAAACCCGAUUUCUUGUGAUGUUGAAAUUAAUGAACCAAAAACCAAGUUAAGAAAAAAACCUUCAAAAAAGAAAUGGCAGCUGGUUCAGUUCGAUAACAUUAAUAAAGAAACCUUUGAUUUCAUUAGUAAAAAGAAAAAAGUGAUGUCUGAUGAAGAUUCAGAUUUUUGUUUUUUAAAAAGCUUAUUGCCAGAUUUUAAAAAAAUGGAUGAUGACCAAAAAAGACGUUUUAAAAUUUUAAUGAUUAGUACAGCCGGAAGUAUUUUGAAUGAACAUAAAGUUCUUUCUAAUCAAAUUUAGCCUAACGUAGACAUAUCAAGUAGCUGUAAUUGUAAUCUGUAAUUUAUCUUAUUUAUUUUUUCUUUAAUCAUGAUAUAAUAUACCUAAGUAUAACAAUACCUAACAAUACUUAUUGUUGGUUUUAAUAAAAUGUAUAAAAUAUUUUUAUUCAAUUGUUAUAUCAAAAUAUUGAUUACUCCCUUGAUACUAAAAAGUUAUUUUGUUGAGAGUGCAUGUUACUUUAUUGUUGUAUCAGAUAUUUACUUUUGUGAGUAUUUACAUUUGACUCUAUCACUCUUCAUGUAUUUUGUUUGCCACAGAAUGAGAUCUAUCAUAAUACUAUGGCAUUUUUUUAAUUAAGUAUAAUGUGACAUUAUUUAAAAAAAUAUUAUAAAUAAAUAGAAUAUUAGUUC